GUCAGCGAGUAUCUCGCCAAUCCCACGCGCAAUGCUAUUCCCCAUUUUGCCUGUUGUUCUUUUCCUAUGCGCAGAAAGAGGUACCUUCUCUCUUUGAACUCAGUGUGGGUUCUUGAAGAGCCAAACGUACGUGAUCAAUGCGUUGCGCGAUAAAGAAUGUCGAUCGAUUUCCACUACACUAGCGGAUCGAUGUGAAGGGUUGUAAUUGUCAUUUGAUCGCGGAAAUGGCUUUGCUGUAACAAACAACAACACAUGAAAAAGUUGUAACAUAUUGAGCGUUCGACUCCGCGGCACGAUCCGAGUAAUAAUGGAGAGGUUAACUCGUCACGACGAAUUGCCAGGACUGACUCGGGAAUAAACGGUUGCGCGGGAAAAAAUGAUGGAUACAUGGUUUCAAAUAUUAUAACACAAUGUGAGAAUUAAAUUGUUGCUACUUACAAGGCAUAACCACAUAAAAGAAAAAUAAUGGAGAAAGUUGUACUAAGGAGUGGAUUGAACCAAAUGUUACUUAUUUAUAGUAUAAUGGUUGCAGUAUUUUCUUUAAUUAUACAAGAAUGGAUAGAUCUCAAACCUUUGCCAAUGUAUGUUUCCAUCUCAUGGGCUAUAUUACUGGCAAUCACAUCUGUGUGGCUGAGCUGCUAUUUACUACGUCUUACACUAAAAGCUAACAGUCCACUUAAUUUGGAGUUUAUGAACAAAUGGAUUUACCAGAAACUGGGAAGUCACUUGAGAUUACAUUUCUUGAUAGAAAAGGAUGAGAGUGUAAUUGAGGAUAAAAAUGAGACACAAAAGUGUUCAAGUUCUGCACAAGAGGGUAGAGUAAAAUGUAACAAUAACACUAGCUCACAACAUUCCUGUAAAACUUCUUCAAUGACAAAAAAGAAGCUGGAUAUAAAAAACAUGACACACCAACUUAAUGAAAAGGGCAUAGAAAUCUGGUAUAAAAAUAUAAGUAAUGACAAAUCAUUUUCCGACAAAACGCAGAAUUUGUUGAGCAAAUUGCUGAAGAAACUUGUUUGGAAGGCUGAUCUAAUGGGCAAAGUAACACUUACCAAUAAGUUGGCAAAUAUAAUGCUGUUACAUUUGAAGGAAUAUCGUAGGGCAUUACGUCGAAUUGAGAAGGGUGCUACCGCAAAUGUAGAAGAAGCGUACAAAUAUUUACAUCCUGGUUCCCGAAGCGCGUCGACGUUAGAGCACAUGUUGCAUCGUUUAGUCACUGUCCUAGCACAAGAGUUUCUACAGUGGGAAUUAAAUAGUUCAUUACCAUGCAAACUUUUACAAGCUAUUUUAGCGAAAAAACUUUUAACAACUAUAGACACGAUAAGCUGUCCAAAUUGGUUGAUCAAGAACUUAUUAAGUUUGUUGGAUGCUCCGUCAGAAAAAAAGUCUAUUACUCCAGUUAAACAAGACAUUAAUGGCACCAUAAGUAUUGCUCUGAGUGACGGCAUCGCAUCCGCGACAGCGGCUGUAAUUCCACAGCCGCUACCAAAAUCUGCGCCUAAGUCUAGUCUAUCCGCAACUGUUAUGAGCGAAAAUGAGAAGGCAGCUUCACAGGCAGCUCCAGAAAGACCGAUUUUGUGCUUAGAAGGUCUCUCUACAGAGCACAGAGGACUCUGGGGAGACAGCAUAACAGACACAGAUUUAGAUUUAGAAGAGGACAAAAUAUCACCGGUGUAUGAAGAACCGACGGACUUCGCGACAACCAUCGCCAGGCUUAGAAACUUGCUGCAGCAAAAAUCCACGGCGACCACACCACUACAUGCUGAAGAAAAAUCUUACAUAGUAUAUGAAGGAAAUCAAUUUACGAAUUUGUCGAUUCCGUGGACCGAGUUUCACACUGCGACUGACGGUUCGCAACAAUUGUAUUAUUGUAUACAGUUCGACGAUAUCGAACAACGUGGAGUAGAUCUGUUCGAAACUACCACUGCUACUGUCAGGCGACAAUAUUCCGAUUUCGUUCAGUUACAUAUGAGUUUGGAAGAGAUUCCCUCAUUAGCUAAUGUUAUGUCGGACUUGGUAUUACCGGAAGGUGGGCGUGUCGAAUUAGAAACUUAUUUGAAGAUACUGUGUACGCGGGUGGCAAACGAAUGUCCGCCGCAAUUGCGUCACUUUCUUCGGCCGAGCAGUAGUGCGAACAAGAAAGCGGAUGCGGUGGCUCCCCGUUUGGAUCGAUUUCUCGCCAAGACCGUAACUGGCGUAUUCAACACACUGAAGACAGUUGUGCCAGGCUUCGAAUUGGAUCAAGAAGAGGAGACUCCUCUUCUACCUACUCUGAUGCCUCUGUCUGACAUACCUUGGAGAUUUGUCGAGGAUAUAAAGUCGAAAAGUCUAGCUUGUAAACUUCAGCAGCUAAUAGCGGAAAGAACGGAGUAUUGUACAGUAGAUACAGCUUACGAAGCGGUCGACUCAAUGGAGGCCAGUGGUGAUUCAGAGUUGCUGGAUUGUUGGUUGGAAGCCGUUAACACUUCGUACGACGAUGAAGGAGAUGAGCUGGAUUCUAAUUUAACGCUGACGUGUACAAUGAUAGAUCUGAUUUGCGAGCUUUUAGCAGGAAUAGAAAGUAACAAUACGUUACAGCAAGAAGCUGUUGUCAGAUGGACUAAACUGCUAUUUGGAAACAUUUCGGAGCCAGUUCUACAGAAAACGAUUUUUUGGUUAUUCGAUUCUCUAGACAAUUCUUCGCUAAAUUGCAAUGCACCGCACAAUGUCAAAUCGAAUGAAAUUGAUGCGGAGUCGAAAUCCAAGUUGGUAAAUUUACUGAGAACGAAAAUUCCGAAUGAUAUAAAGUGGAUAUUUGGUGAGGACGAUGUACACAAAGCUCUGGAAUAUCUGCUAAAUUCGUGCGGAAACAAAAAGAUCAAUAUGGAUGUGAUUAUGCAGAUGCUCGAUGCGGUAGUAUCGGAAUUGUUGGUUUCUUGCAAAAAGCACCACGAUACAGCGAUAAAUUGAUUUUUCUUUGAUUUUGUUUCAUAAGAGGAACAAAAAGGUACUUCGAAACAAGUGCAUUGGUCUAUUCUCUUGACUUGAUGUUCAAGAAUCAUUGAGAUACACAUCUAUAUCAAAAAAAUACUUGUGUCUACAAAAAUUGAUGUGCCAUAUCUUGACUGCUUACAUAUUUUAUAUAUAUAUAACAACCAAAUUUUUUAAUACGAAGACUGUACCUGACCAAGUAUUCACAAUAUGCCAAGUAUUUCUUUCAUUAGAGAAAACUGAUUUCUGUCAAUUAUAAUGUAAAAUGAAUCAUUAUAAAAGAAAAGGUCUCAUAUCUUUAAACCGGGCUUAUUGUAACACCAUCAGUAUUUAUAUUUAAUGAUUGUUUUUCUAGGAAGAGAAAAUUAACAUGCUUCUGUGAAACAAACAAAUGGUGCA